AUGAAGUCCAUUGGCAUUUUCACGGUACUUGCGGCUGUCCGCUUUGCGUCUGCCCAGUCUGGUCUUUACGGACAGUGCGGAGGUAUCGGCUGGUCUGGAUCGACGACUUGUGUCUCGGGAAGUGUCUGCACGGCGUUGAACGACUAUUACUCGCAAUGCUUGCCGGGGACUGCAACGCCGACGACAAGCGCCGCAGCGUCGGGGACCGCAACAGGUACUGCGCCAACCUCUACUGGGACCAAUCUCUCGGGCCUUCCGCGCUUUGGGGGUGUCAACACUGCCGGGUACGACUUUUCUGCCGCGACUGAUGGGUCUUUCACUUGGAGUGUUGCGCCCCCGCCUACCAGCCAAUUCACCCACUUCGCUUCGGAGGGCGCAAACCUCUUCCGUAUUCCCUUCGCUUGGACGGAGAUGACUGGGACCCCGGGCGGUAACAUCAACGAGACGUUCUUCUCCGAGUACGACUCCACUGUUCAGUCUGCAUUGUCCUCCGGAAGCGGUGUUUACGUGAUCGUGGACGUGCACAAUUAUGCUCGCUUCAAUGGUGGGAUCAUUGGACAGGGCGGCCCAACCAACGACCAGUUCAAUAGCCUCUGGACGCAACUCGCCAAGAAGUACGCUGGCAACUCGAGAAUCAUCUUCGGGAUCAUGAACGAGCCGCACGAUGUUGAUGUCAACAGCUGGGUGUCCUCGGUGCAGAGCGUCGUAAACGCCAUUCGCGCAGCCGGCGCCGAUAACUUCCUUCUACUCCCUGGUUCAAGCUGGGCGAGCGCUCAGACCUUCCCUACUGAGGCUGGACCCGGCCUCGUGAAGGUGACGGAUCCGCUCGGCAACACCGAUAAGCUCAUCUUCGAUGUUCACAAGUACUUGGACUCGGACAACUCAGGAACACACGCCGACUGUGUGACAAACAAUGUCGAUGUCUUGACCACGCUUGUGAACUUCUUGCAGGCGAAUGGCAACCGCCAGGCGAUUCUCUCUGAGACAGGCGGAGGAAACACCGCUUCCUGCGAGACAGACCUCGGACAAGAGCUUGCGUAUGUCAAGAGCGCGUUCCCGACCCUUCUUGGUUUCGCGGUGUGGGGUGCUGGUUCGUUUGACAACACUUACGUUCUUGACAUUUCGCCAAACGGUGAUGGGAGUGACCAGCCUCUGGUUACCCAGGCCAUCAAGCCUUACUUCCCCUGA